GAGCGGGGCCGCCCGGGCGGGCGCCAUGGGGGCGCUGCUGUGGUGGGACCCGCUGCGGGCCGGCAGCUCGGAGGUGGACUGGUGUGAGGACAACUACACCAUCGUGCCCGCCAUCGCCGAGUUCUACAACACGAUAAGCAACGUCUUGUUUUUCGUUUUACCACCCAUAUGUAUGUGCUUGUUCCGUCAAUAUGCAAUCUGCUUCAACAGUGGAAUAUAUUUAAUAUGGACUCUGCUAGUCGUGGUUGGAAUUGGAUCUGUUUAUUUUCAUGCCACACUCAGCUUCCUGGGCCAGAUGCUGGAUGAGCUGGCUAUUCUCUGGGUCCUGAUGUGUGCUCUUGCCAUGUGGUUCCCUAGGAGAUACCUGCCCAGAGUUUUUCGAAAUGACAGGAGCCGUUUUAAAGCUGCUGUGGGUGUUCUGUCUGGAGUUACUACCUGCCUUGCCUUCAUUAAACCUGCCAUCAACAACAUCUCGCUGAUGACUCUGGGUGUUCCCUGCACAGCUUUGCUUAUUGCGGAGUUGAAGAGGUGUGAAAACCUGCGUGUAUACAAACUGGGUCUCUUUUCAGGUCUUUGGUGGAUGCUAGCACUUUUCUGCUGGAUCAGUGACAAAGCGUUUUGUGAGAUCUGGUCCUCAUUUAAUUUCCCCUAUUUGCACUGUGUAUGGCACAUUUUGAUUUGCCUUGCCGCAUACCUGGGCUGUGUCUGCUUUGCUUACUUUGAUGCUGCCUCUGAGAUACCUGAACAGGGCCCUGUCAUAAAGUUCUGGCCCAGUGAAAGGUGGGCAUUCAUUGGAGUUCCCUAUGUCACCCUCCUCUGCGCACACAAGAAGUCACCUGUGAAGAUUACAUGAAGUUGACAAUGGAAUGGGGAUUUUCAAUUUACAUUCAAGCAUAGACAGUAUUUAAAUAAUGAUAAAUGACUAGUGUUGUAUUUUUUCUUCUUGCUAAGAUAGGCAGCACUUCAGAUGUCAUAGGAGGAGGAGGGAUGUGUGUUCUUUCCUCUCUGGAGAGAGGAAGCAGGAAUGUGGAGGCACUUGAACACUAAAGGAACUAAAUGGCUUCUCUGGUUGUCUCUGUUUUGCACUGAAUGUUUUUUUAUGUAGCAUUUCUCUUGAUAAAAGCUCUUUCCAAAUACCAGCGUCGAGGAAUGAUGUUUCUGCAGCAAGUCACCUGUGAUACUUGAGUCACUUCUUUUGUAACUGCUGGAUUAAGGCCUUCUUUGUGAAAGAAGCCAGUCCAAGAAGCCUGUAUGUCAUCCCAUGUCCUUCAUAGGCUCUGAUUUUGCUGUGCUUGCACGUGGCCACAAGAGUGUGCUCAAAGCCCUUGCUACUCCCAGCCUGGUGUGGCACUCAGGAAGUCUGGCUGAGCAUCACAUUGGAUCUCACAGGGUACAUGGUUUCAUACCCAAGUACAACAGGAAACUGGUGUUUGCAGCUGGGUAACUGUGUAAGCACAGUUAGGCAGUGUAGAUGCAGAAGUAGCUGACGCAAGUCGCUAAAACUAAAUAGGAGUUCAAUGCUCUACUGUAUUUCCACUCACCUAUGAACAUUUGUAUGCUGCAUAUUUCUCUUUUGCAGAAAUGUCACAGAAAUCCUUCUACCUCUGUGGACACUUUUGGUCUUGAAUUUGGCACUGAAGCACACACAGAAGUGUAAAUACUAAAUUCAGUCAGAUCUUAGGUCAGCGUGGAUUGACAGUAUGAUUAAACUGCAAAAACUUGUAUGUGCCUGGCUGCGAAUCUCAUUUGAGAGGUGGCUUCUCACCAGUGCGUUGCAAAGUGAUGUAAAAAAUAGUCCAGUGUUCCACUGAUUAUACUUAGGAAGAAAGUAGGUAACUGCUUAAAAACCAAGCUGGAGACCUAGAUUUCAGAGAGCAGUGAAAUGUGAUAUUGCAUCUUGCAUUCUUAGGAAAGAACAGUAGGUUUGAAUUUUCUGUUGCUUUUCAGGCUAUUUUGUAAAAAUAAGGGAUGUCUAGGCUGAUUUAGUUUUAAGAUUAUUGGGGUUGAAGUUCAGGAAUGACUGUGGUUCUUGUAAGCAAUUUGUACUAGGCCUGUUUAAGAAAUGAUGCAAAGUGCAGGCAUGUUUUUUUAAAUAUUAGCCAUUGUAAUAGCUGCAGUUUUGGAGAAAAAAGGGUCUACUCACAUUCCACCAAACUGUAAUAUCAGAACUGUAAGUGGGUUAAGGCUUUAAAUAUACACUUUUAUUAAUAAGUGUUACUUUCUUUUUUAGUAUUAGACCAGGAAAUAUGAUUUCUUCU